AAAGCCACAGCUCCUACACUGAUUCAGUUUUUUGGCGAGCCAUAUUUCUUCUGCGGGCUGGUAGACCAGGAAGACAUUGCUUACCUACUAGAAGUGAAAAAACCCACCGAGAAUGUCUCAGAAUCCCGACAAUCCAGAUUCAAGUGGAGGAGGAAAAUCAAGCGGUUCAGAGCGCAUCCCCGAAGACCGAGUGGGCAACAGCGACGAGUCCAUGCGGAAAAGGAUAAGGCAGAGUACUCCAAAACCGCACCAGGACCUUCUGCCUCAGUCCAGCCCGCCUCGGUUCGUGUCAGUGGAGGAGCUCCUGGAAACAGCCAAAGGAGUGACUAACAUGGCCCUCGCCCAUGAAAUUGUAGUCAAUGGAGACUUCCAGAUAAAACCAACGGACCUGCCAGAAGACAGCUUGGAGAAGCGAGUAAGGGAGAUUGUCCACAAAGCCUUCUGGGAUCAUCUGAGUGUCCAGUUAAGUGAAAACCCACCAACCUAUGACCAUGCCAUCAAGCUUGUGGGGGAGAUCAAAGAGACUCUCUUAUCUUUCCUGCUCCCCGGUCACACGAGAUUGAGAAACCAGAUCUCCGAAGUCCUGGAUCUGGAUCUGAUAAAGCAGCAGGCGGAGAAUGGGGCCCUGGACAUCUCACGGCUGGCCGAGUUCAUCAUUGGCAUGAUGGGGACCCUGUGUGCGCCGGCUCGAGACGAGGAAAUUAAGAAGCUGAAUGACAUUAAGGAAAUCGUGCCCCUCUUCAGGGCCAUUUUUUCCGUGCUGGACCUGAUGAAGGUGGACAUGGCCAACUUCGCGGUCAGUAGCAUCCGGCCGCAUCUAAUGCAGCAGUCGGUUGAGUACGAAAGGAAGAAAUUUCAGGAACUUUUUGAGAAGCAACCAAAUUCCCUGGACUUCGUCACCCAGUGGCUACAGGAAGCCGCGGACGACCUCGCCCGCCGGCUGGGCCGAGGGGCCCGCUCGGCCGGGGGCGACGCUGCCUCCCCCAAGGACCGUUCUUGGCUGGACCCCGCUGCCGUCCAAAACCACGCCUAUCUCCAGCUGCUCAAAUGGGACCACAGCCAGAAGCCUUUCCCCGAGACGGUUCUCAUGGACCAACCUCGCUUCCAGGAGCUGCAGGCGGAGCUGGAGCGGCUCACCCUGGUGGGCGCCGUGCUGCUGGUCACCCACAACGCGGCCGCCCCCAGGCUCUCUGGCCUGCCGGGCUUCACCGGGAAGCUCAAGGCCUUUAUAAAGGUGCUGCUGACAGAAAUGCAUCUCUGCUCCGGUGACACAAGUGAAGUUCUGGCCACCGUUGGGGAGAAGGUCUGCCUGGAAGUGAACAGCUGCCUCUCCCAGCAAGGAUUCGCCCCUUUCAGCACCAACAAGGAGAUCGCGCUCAAGGGCCAGAUCCAGGCGGUCGCCCAUUCCGACGACCCCAUUCACAAGCUUGUGGAGUCUCGGAUCCAGGCCUUCUUAGAGAGCUACCUAGCCUCGGGCUACCAGAAAUCGUUGCCUGCGAUUCCCGGAGGACUGGGGCCCGUUCAGAAGGAGCUGGAAGAGAUCGCGAUCAAGUACGUGCGCCUGGUCAACUACAAUAAGAUGGUCUUCGGCCCUUACUAUGACGCGAUCCUCAGUAAAAUACUCAACAAGGAAGAGUCCCGCUCCCUAGUGAGGCUGUAAUGUGUUUGUCGCUGCAGCAGUGUUUAGCCAGUCUGCUAUGAGCACCUGUCCUCUCCUGUAACGUUGCUUCAGAAAAUGGCUUUCUAUUUAACACAUUCCUAUUUAACAGCGUAGACUCGGAAGGGAAGAGAUAUUGUUUACCGAUGGAGGAGGAGAAUGGAAAUCGGCACUGAACUCUUCAAGGGGAUGUAUUUUUAGAGUGUCGAAUUUGCGGGCCGGCGGCGGUCUGGGCUGAGACGAGGUGCCUGAAGGUAACGCCGUCUCCUAAACCGCCGACCUCGUCCGAGACCUCUCUCUGCGUGGGGUCGUGGCGGCCUCGGGCCGGGGAUGCAGAAGGGAACGGGGACAGGGAGCUGGCGAUUCGGAAAGAUGCUCGGUUGUAGUUUCUGCCCUGGUCCCCUCCCCAUCCCCAGCUCCCGCUCUUCCUCGGAUCCGCUCCCGACCGCGCCGGCCGCCGUGGGCCCUCUGGGAACCGGAGCGUCCUCUGUAAAUUCGAGUUUACCCUCGCUCUUUGUCGUAGACGGGAUGCCGAGGCUGGAUCGGCUCCUUCGUGGCCGUGGCCGGCUCCGGAGUUUCUGGAGCUCGUUCAGGGUCGAAAGGAUGGUGAGAUCAACGCCUCCCCCUUUUCGAUUGAAAAGGUGGCCCAGAGCAGGGCUCGAAAUUAAUGGGCGCCCUUGGAAGCUUAAAGACGGGGACCUUUUCUUGCCAGAGUCUCUUGCGGGAGAGCGGAGGAAAGGGGGAGGGAUGGAAACGGUCUCAGGUGAAGCGUUCUGUGCCCUUCAGAGCCCUUUCAAGUCCUGCUCUGCAGCCCGAGACCCCUGGCCAGGCAGAUGACAGGAUGGCAGCUCUCGGGCUCGUAGAGGCCCAUCGUUUGACGAGCCAUUCGCCUUUGUUCGGUGGGCUACCGUCCGGUUGUGGUUGCGACUGUGGGUCCAGGCCCGUGGGAGGGUUGGAAGACGGGACGGGGCAGCUGGAAUCACCUCCCUCACCCCCUUCCAAUUCCGGGGGCUCCGGGCCCAACCCACUCUGAACACUGAGGACUGGGUGGCAGGUGACUGGCAAAGCCCACGGGAGCUGGAUUCAACCUCACUGCUGCGUCCCGUGGGGCCCGAAAACCAGAGUCUUCAAAAUUGUAUUUUAAGGCACCUCUGGAUGGACAGGAAUGUGUCCACUCGUGGAGUGGACGGGACCCUCCGGAAAGUAUCAGAUUUAGGUCCGAGGCCUCUCUCAGCCACAGGUCAUCCUUCGGGCUGGUAAGGAGCCGUGUCGCGAACGCCCUCGUGGAGAGAAAGCAGUUUCCCCCCGGGGAGGAGUAGGGAAAUAGUGUUGGGAUCGGUAUCCGUUAUGGAUGAUGUCUGACCCCUGAGCGUGGAGAACCCUCUGGCCCCGGGACUACAAUAGAGUCUUUUAUAUCUGGGGUUCAGAGAAGCAGAGUCUGGAAAUAGGCAGGAGCAGAGAUUUCCAAGAUCUUUCUGUCCACCGUUCAAGCCCCGGCCGCUGCUUGCCCACUGCCAACUCUGCCGCAGGUGAGAGCCACCUUCUCCUUCCUUCCUUUGGGGUUAAGGACGGAGCCUCAGAGAUCUAGCCUCAGGGUCCAGGCGGAGGCCUGGUGUGCUAAGUUGUUCCAAGAAUUCCCACUUGCUUUACUCUUCCUGCCAGCGUUUCCCGGUUGUCUCGAUUCCCUCGGCCGAUCCGGGGGCCAAAAGACAAAGGGGAGAAGGGAAUGAGCUUGGAACUCUAAGCCCAGGGGGAGCUUUGGAGACCAAGAGGAGGAAACAAGCAUUGUGGAAGGUCUGGUUUCUUUUGGGGGCUCUUUAGGAAAUUGUCAGAAAGACCUAGAACAGAGCGGGUCUGCUUCUGGGGAGCCUGUGUUGCCCAUCGCUAAAGCCACGGCCUUCGAUAGUGACAGGGCAGAGCCCUCCGGUGACCUUAGGCUUAAGGCUUUAUUUGCGUCCCCCAAGUUCAAGGCUCCACUUCUUUGGAAGUACCGGGGUCAUCCACGGACGUUUAUAACAGAGUUUGUGUGCGGUAGUGUAUGCGGACACGCUUCCACACGCCAGUCCCUAGAGCCGAGAGGUUCGGAAGCUUCCAUUGGGAAAAUAAUCGGGUAUCGUACGGUGUGCGUAAGACGAUAUCCGAAGAGGAAAGAGCUAGGAGUUUAUCCGACAAAAUAGGAAUGCCUGCAUGUACUUGCCACGUCCCAGUGAACAUUCGGUAGAGUAAACCUACGUGUAGCAACAUACAUAAAAGGCUUAAAAGUCACUUCAGGGCUUUUUGUUCAAACAGGGAACCCCACAUUGGAAACGAAUCCUCCCUUGACGGGCCUCCCUUCCUCAGCAGUGUCGGGCCUGUGGAUCUCGGAUCGGGAUCUGGGCCUGAGGGUCGAUGCGCGUAGUUUGGGAGUUUGUGUAAGGCCAAAGAGGGCUUUUCGCGCCAUUCUAGUCGGGUUCAGAAACGAUCUGUGCCAAUACCCUCUAUGAGCAACCCAGUCCUCCUGUUAUUUGGAAUAUUUAUAUUUUCAGUUCUUUCAGGCCAGUUUCCUCCACUUCCUACUGUUCUUGGGCUUCUACUGUCUUGUCUGCUCCUUCACUGCGGUUAGCCUCCGCUCCUGUCUCUAAGGUUUCCUCUCCUCGUCCAGUUUAGAGGGCCACAGGGGGGUUGGGGGCGACCUCAUGGGGCGGUGAGUCGGUCCGAGAGGAAGAGCCCGAUCUCAAGAAAUUUGCCGGGGGAUCUACUGUGAAUUGCAUUCAUAAUGGAGAAUUGGAUGGGCUCUUUUUGAGGAAGUUGGUCUGGGAGGGAGUUGUAUCGUCCUGCCCAGGCUCCUACCACCCAGCUAGGCAGAGCUGCCAGCUAUGAUCUCCGGAACCAGUAUAACCACGGAAUCCUAUUCCCGUUCCCUCAGACCCCGGGACCCAGACGUCGGCAACGCCAGGGCUUCUUCCCCAGAGAGCAGGCUCGGAAAAGAUGUAGUCGAGCGCCCGCUGGCUUCAUGUUGAGUUAGGACACAGCCAAAGUGACGUCCGAGGUUUCCCCCCACGAUUGCUUUCUUGAAUUCGUAAGGAAAAGAGUCUGGUUAAGUUUGGAUGGAUCCAGAGGGGUUCAGGUCAAACUGAGGGAUGCUGUAGAAUGGCUUAGGAAAACCGAAUGUUGCUUUAGACGUCUUAAAGCCGGGAAAGAACCGCUCGUUUGGCGGUCUGUCUCCAGUCCUCGUCGGUGCCAGGACCCUCCCCGGACCCCCACAGGUUUUCCAGGGAAUCUCGUUCUGUUUAAAAUUUCCAAAGGUACAUUCAGGGUCCUGCCUUCUGACCUAUAUCCUCAGCGAUAGCUACGGAAAGUGGUUAAAGACAGGCGUUUUGCUUGUCGCCCCCCCUCUCGAAACCACCCUCAACCCGUGGGAGUUCUUUGACACGAAUCAGCUCCUCAGUUGAACCGUUAGAAAAUGUAGAGGUAGAUGGCCUUAAAGGAUUUAGCCACGCUCAUGGGACAGAUGUCGAAUCGUCUGCUCCUCACAUUACAGCAAUUGGUUUUGUUUGCCCGGGCCCCUUUACACUGUGGGUCCUGGGUAGGGAAAAAAAAACCCGUCACAGCUCCUACAGGUUGGCAGUUUGCCUUCUCCUUAGACUCUCCCUUUUCUAAGAGAAGUUCCUCCCCUCUAGAUUGUUCGCGUCUGGGUCUCGGGGACCAUUUCCAUCAGCCAUAUUUAUUGAGGGCCUACUGUGUGCCAAGCACUGCGGUAAGCGCUCGGUAGAGAACAGUGCAGACGAGUUCCCGGCCCGCAAGGAGCUCACAGUCUAGAGGGCUUGUAUCUGGGUCUUUAGGACCACUCGUGCCUUUAAAUGGGAUAGGGCAGGGACUUUACCAGGUGGCGUUUUGUAGACUCCGUAAUAGACCGCUGCUUAAACACAAUCUCCACUCCACCGAACUUCUAAGAGGAUAAGAAAAAUCCAAACUUAUUCUAGCGGAACUUGAGCUUCAAAGGUUGACACGUGCUAAGAGACUGAACUUGCUAGCGACCCACAUGUAGAACUCGCUGCCUCGCGCUGGGCAGAUCCGCAUACCCAACGGAAGUUAAAUUUUAAUAGAAUGGUGUGAGAAGUUUUAAAUUUCAAAUGGAAGCGUUUUUAAGGUAUUCACGUUUGAGUUUAUCUUUGCAGUCUUAGCUGGAUGCUAAUCCUCGUCGUACGCAGAAGGUACAACUGUGUGUGAACGGAUCCCCUUCGUUAAUGUCUGUGACGAUGUGUCUUUUUGAGUGAGGUCUGCCUUCGUCUUCUUUGGAAACCCUAUCCGCACUUCUCACACAGUUGCCAGCAAAGUACUACUUCUCUAACUGGUGUUCACCUGCAGCUCUAUCGAAGUGUUAUUUCUGCACUAGCUACUGCCAUGUCACUGUAAUAGUUUUAUAUCUUGUUAAAAAAGAAAAAAAAAAGCUUUUCCUUCUUCAGCUACCUACCUCUCGUGGUUUUAAAGGUCUGUUGUGGUACCUGUGAUUUUUAUAUUUAUAAUUUGCCUUGCGUCCUGGUUUUGGCUCGCUCGAGACUACAAGUUUAACGUGCGUAUUUGUAUCCUUUUGAAACGUCGCCGGGAAGCUACGGGACGUUCCCACACGCCUUCCAAAUGUGUGCGUGAGAAUGAGGCCGUGGUUGGAGAAGCGUCCAAAGCGAACCUUUCAGAGUAAGCGAUAUCAGACGGCAUUCCAAUCUGACUGGGCAAUUUGGGCAGCCUAUAACUGAGGCGACAGAGAAGAGAAGAGGGCAGUUGCGCAGUUGACAGGUUUCCACCGGCACCUGAGGGCGACUUUGGUUUUAACCUGCCUUGGAAGGAGGACGGUUCCUGGAUGUUUUUAGUGAGUUUAACCCAACAGGGUUAAAUUUGCACACCCUUAGGUGUGUAAACCCCUGGAGGUCGGGGACGCCCCCUCAGCUCUUGUUAACUUUACUGUAUGCUCCCAACAGGCCUGGUCUAGCAGUGUUCUGCCCGCAACAGAGACUUGCUGAACACAGGUUAAUGAACGCCAAGAGAGUAAGGGGGGGUGGGGGGGUAAAAGCCUCCUCCAGGAGAGUAAAACGAAAGAAUGUAUGCUUGUCUCAAUGCAUUGUUGCUCUAUUUAUUUCAAAGUGGCCCCGGUUGGGUGAUGUAUGUACAUCAGAAUGCAUUGCUUAUAAAUAAAAGCAGAAUGAGGCACGCC